GUCGUUGUAAUAGUUUAUAUGAUUUUUUUCAUUAUAAACCCAUGGAUUCCUGAGGUUGUGAACUCCCCAGAUGUAUUGUUCAUCCUACCGAAGAAGAACGAUUCAAAAUAUCCGACUCGUUCAGUCAUCACACAUUAGCUGCCUGGAAAGCUAGUUUUCAGGCAGCGGGCUAGCUGCAGCCAGAAAAUAAAACCUCUGGAGCAAAACGUUGAUUGAUUAAUGUACCCAGUAGUAUUUACAAAGUUAGAAUAUCCUAUCCAGAGUAAAAGCAUCGAGGGGAGAACUACUUACAGAUAAGAGAUGGAGGGCGACGACUGCAACUUUCCUCCAGAUUUGUCGGAUAAUCACUCUCAAAGGGGAAGUGUUGCUUCCUCUGCUACGCUUUCUCGUGCUCAAGAUGUGCUUGUGUAUUUGUACGGUGACAGUGCAGUUCACUUAUCACUAGAAGGGCUUGGUAGCGUAUCCGUGCAGGACUUGGGCCACAGUGUUCGUGAGGCUCUGCAGAUUCCUGAGUCUGUGCAGGAUGCUUUUGCCUUUUGGCUUUGUUCCCCUCUGCUCGAGCUGCAGCUAAAGAUGAGGCAUCAGCCUUACAAGUUAUGUAGGCAGUGGCAGGACUUGCUGUAUCGCUUCACUGAUGCAUCAGAGGAGGACAUCUCACAAGAUGAGCCGUAUCUGCAGUACAGACGCAACGUGCUUUAUCCAAAAGCAAAAGAGACGCAGAUCGAUGACGAAGGAGUGUUGAGACUUCUGCAGGAGGAGGCCAAGAGCAACAUCCUCUCAGGUCGCUAUCCCUGUGACCCUGAGCACUGGAUGGCCCUUGGAGCCCUUACUUUAGCUCUUGAAGAGGGAACGAGUCUAGACGACCAACAAGUCACUACCACCAUAAGGGAGAAGAAGCUGUCUUCUUUUCUGCCUGCUCAUGUUGUCAUGGGAAGCGGCGGUUUUCUGUCCACGCUUCGAGGGAAGUCGAGCCGUCACGCAGAGCUUGAGCAGAAGCUCCUGGAGGAGUACAGAAAGAUCCGAUCAUCAGCAGGAACUUCUCCGGAGCCUCGGCAGCUCCUGCACCAGUACCUCAGCAUGUGCCACAUGCUGCCUUUCUACGGUUGUGCUUUCUUCUGCGGAGAGAUCGACAAACCAGCACAAGGGAUCCUCCACCGAGGAAAACGCAAAGCUGUAAAUGUCGGGAUCUGCUUGAAAGGAGUUUAUGUGAUGGAUGUGAAGGAGAAGCACGUGCUGCUGGGACUGCAUUUCAAUGAGCUCUCCUGGGACCACAGCUACCCUGAGGAGGAGGGGGACUCGCACAUUCUGUGGUUGGAAUUUGAUGGAGAGGAAGAUGGCACUCCUGUCAACAAGCUACUGAAGAUCUACUCUAAACAAGCCGAGCUAAUGAGCGGGUUCAUUGAGUUCUGCGUGGAGCUGAGAUCUGCGUCUGAGGGAGGAGCUGCGGGCGACGCGGGUCUGUCCCAGCAGCUCGAUGAGCAAGAAGCCGGCGCCAAGAACGGCCGUGGAGGACGGCGCGGGAUGCUGCAGAGGCAAAGCAGCGUUGUGUGCAGUCGAGUCGACUCGCUCAACACCAUCGACUACGUGGAUAACGGAAAGGAAAUCAAACGCUUGAAGCCGAAAAGAGCCGCGUCGUUUUUCACCCGACAGGCAACGGCACCGUCCUACUCUGCUGUGCAGGUGACUGAGAGCCUGGAACAAGGUUAAACAUCUCCUUCUGGAUCAUCUGAGACCAAUUCUGAACAUUUUUACACUGAGAUUAAAAAAGAGACUUCUAUGAGAACUCCAAAUGUUUUUUUUUUUGUCUUUAAGUGUAUUAACAAACAAAGGACCAAAUACGAGUGGCUAUAUUUAUCCUGAAGCCAUGUGCAUAAUGAAAGUACAGUAAUGUGAAAAAGAACACAAUCUUUCUAAAACUCCUAUUCUGAAGGCUGAACUGAAGUGGCUUUAUGAGAAAAUCCUUCACAUGAUCAUCUUUAAUUCAGACGAGACUUUGGCUUCUACAGAUGUGUUCUACUUCAGAGGAGCUUAACCUCUACGUUACCUCUUUUGGGCUUAUUUACUGUCAAGAAUGUUGCAAUAUGUCUUUGUAUAACAUUGAACUUCUCCAAACUGUAAACCUCUCAGCGGCCGUCCCACAGCAUGACAAACAGAUUUUAGGGGGCGGUCAGAGCGAGUGUCGACACUAUUCUGCUUUUUCUAACUGCUGUGCCUUGUCAUGAAAGCAGAGCCACUGGGUAACAGCACUGGUAGACACCAGGUGUUAUGGAGGCACCCUGGCUGUGUUGUGGAGGAUUUUUGUAAGUACUUUCAGUUAAAUUGGUUCUGAAAACUUGAGAUUUGUAGUUGGUUGCGAUGGGAUAUUUGGCUUAUUGUGAAAACGGAUGGUUUCAAAGAUCUCCAGAAAUAAUAAAAAUACAAAUAAAUGUAAGGAAUUUAAGCAAUACAAAACUUUGAUCUGGCUGGUUUGAUCUUGUGUUUUAAAACGAAACAUUGAUCACUAUUUAGAAAACUGAUGCAACGUUUGACACGUAGCUAAAGUGAACUCUGUUUUGGCUAGCCUUUUAGAUCUUUGUAACCAGAACAUGCAUUUGUCUUGCACAGUGGACGUGUUAAUAAUGGGCCCUAGUGUUCGUAAAAAGCUGACAUUUUGUUACUGUUUUGUAAUUUGACUAUUUACAAGUUCUACAGAAGUUUUUGUUGGUGACAUUUUCACUGGACAGAAACCAUGCAUACAGCUCAGGUCAUCGCGCUGUUGAAUCUCCACGGUAAAGCGAACCUGCUGCGUCGGAAUGUUACCUUUAGAGGCAUUUGUUCACUUUUUGAACUCAGAUGUUUAUUAAUCUGGCUCCUCUCGGUAAACGGUUGUGACGAGAAGAUCACACCUCUGUAAUGCUCCCUUCUACAUGUCUGAUCAGCGUCAGGAUCUCCCUGGUUCAUCUCAUUAUACAAACAGCAGAAUGUUAUUUUUCCACGCUUUAAGCCCAACUACUGUCUGUAAACUGCAGCAGGUCUGUGUGUUGUUGCUAACCUACACUAUGCAUGUCUCAUUGUAGAAUAGGCAUUCCAGCAUGAUACACAGAGGAUGUUGCACUAUUAAUACCAACACACAUUUUUUUCAUCAUCAGGCUGUUUUAUAUUGAUUAUGAACUUUUGAAAGAAUAUUUUUACUCUCCUCUACAUAUUUCUUGUUUGUGUAUAUAACAGUGAAGAGUAUGGUCAAAUAGAACCCUGCCCUUUCAAGCUGCUACUCUGCAGAAGGUUAAAGUGCCUUUUUGUUUGUACUCACUUGGAUGUGGUCAAAAAUGUAUUUUUUUUAUUUAUUUAUUUCCCACACAGUUAACUAACUAAUGCAUUUUCCGUUUCUACUGAUGUUAAAAAGUGCAUUGCAGUCUUAUCAGUUCUGCUGUUUAAGUAUUUGAUAGUAAAAUCAAAAAAAUUUCCCCUCAUGAUGUGUUUGUUACUCCACUACCUAAAGCCCAAGUACUGAAUAAUGAAGCCAAACCUGAAUGUUAUUCUGAUUUCAUGACUCAACUUUUCCUUCAUCAGUAUUUGGUUUGUUCACUCAUACUUGUAGAUUUAUUUUACUAUUAAAUGAAAUACUUUGUCACCUA